GCUACUGCAUGAUGAUGGUUCUUGCUUCCACGAGCAGACGCCGAUACGGCUUCGUCGCACCGCCGCCGCAUUUGUUCAUCGAUCACCGAUGAGAAUAAGCUCAAGACGCUUAACCAGAGAAAUCGAGGACCAACUCUAUGCCCACUUAACAAAAUGCACUAGCAUCAAACACCUGAACAAGAUCCACGCUCAAAUCCUCGUCUCCUUCCUCUCCCAAAGCAGCUUCCUCUCAACCCAAAUCAUCAACAUCUGCACCACCAAUGGCAGAAUCGAUUACGCCUAUCAGGUCUUCAACCAAGUUCUCGACCCCAACAUCUUCCUUUACAACGCCAUGAUCAAAGCCUGCACCCAAAACCUCCGCUUCCUCGAGGCCGUCGACCUCUACAGGCAAAUCCUCCGUCGCUCAAAAUCCGGGGAUAGGUUUACUUAUCCUUUCGUUCUCAAAGCCUGCGCUGGGCUUCUUAAUAAUCUGCUCGGGAAGCAGAUUCAUGUCCGAACAAUCAUUUCCGGUCUCAAUUCCAAUCCUUUUGUCAGCAAUUCUCUUAUAGAGAUGUACGCUAAGGUGGACGAUUUGAUUCACGCGCAUAAGGUGCUCGACGAAAUGCCUCUGAAAGACCCGGUUACCUGGAAUACUCUCAUAAGCAGUCAUUCAAGAUUAGGGCAGAUGAAGAAAGCCAUGGCCAUCUUCAAUUCCAUGCCGAAUAGAACUCUAAUCUCUUGGACUGCAAUAAUAUCGGGUUACUCCAUGGCUGGUCGUUAUUCGGAAGCAGUUGAGACCUUUCGCCGGAUGCAAAUCGAAGGAUUCGAGCCUGACGAAGUGAGCAUCAUCUCCGUUCUUGCCGCCAUUUGUGAUCUUGAGCUUGGAAAAUGGAUUCAGGUCUACGCAGAAAAACAUGGGUUUCUGCAAAAAACUAUUGUCUGCAAUGCCCUGAUUGAAAUGUACUGUAGGUUUGGCUGCAUUAACCAAGCUCUGCAGAUUUUCAGAAAAACUACUGAAAGAGACGUCAUUUCCUGGAGCACAAUGGUUUUGGGACUGGCGAUGAAUGGAAGAGAAGAAGAAGCUGUGAAGCUGUUUGUAGAAAUGGAGGAAGAAGGCAGAGUAAGACCAAACGGUGUGACUUUUCUGGGACUGUUAACUGGUUGUGCUCAUACUGGGUUGGUGCAACAAGGACUCCAGUAUUUAAGCUCAAUGAAAGAGAUUUAUGGAAUCGAACCUGGAGUCGAGCAUUAUGGUUGUAUCGUUGAUCUUCUGAGUCGAUCAGGGUGCAUCCGUUUGGCCACCGAGUUCAUCGGUAACAUGCCAAUUAUGCCGGAUGCAGCUAUCUGGGGGUCACUGCUCAGUGGUUGUAGAGCUCAUGGCAACCUGGAGGUGGCUGCAAUGGCGAUGGAGGAGUUGGUGAGGCUGGAACCAGAUGACUUGGGGAACUAUGUGCUUUUAUCAAACAUAUAUGCUGGGGAGAAAAGGUGGGAAGAUGUGGGGAAGAUGAGGAGAUUAAUGAGGAGCAGGAGGUUGAAGAAAGAGCCUGGUUGCAGCUCCAUUGAAAUUGAGAAUGGAGUUGAAGAGUUCAUGGCUGGAGAUGAGAGACAUCUAAGAAAUGUUGAGAUGGCUGAUAUGCUGCAGGUUUUAGCCAUGGCUGCCGGGAAAUCUGGAGAUUUGAGCAGCUUGGAAGAUGAGGAAGAUGACACUGAUUCUCUUGAGGCGUGGGUGUACACAUGUCUGGCGCGGCACGUGUGUUCUGAUAGAACCAGACGCUAGUGCACUCGUGUCAGUAGUAGGCGCACUAUUUUCUCGUGGAAGCGGGCAUGGGUGCACUAUGAAUUAGGCGCGGGGGUGUUGGACCCUGGUAGAUGUUGGGUGUGUUGUCCAAAAAAUGUGGGUGCGCCCUGGCAUUGGCACGGUUAUUCCACCGCUCUGCUCGCAAAUGUGUUGUGGGUAGAUCCGGCAUGAGGGCUCUCCAACUUAGGCGCAAGUGUGCUAUGGCACUGGAAGUCAAUGUGGAUGUGCUUGGCAACAAUGCGGGUGCGCCCUCUUGAGCCUUGGUGCGGAUGUGCUCCAACUCUUACUCAGGUGCGCUAGCUUAGUUUUUUACCAUUUAGCUCCCCAAUUUGCCUAUUUCUCUUUCCCAAGUGGU